AUGUUCGUGACAACCCAAUUCCAACAAUGCCCAGAGGUGUACUCUGCGGGCAAACUGCCGUAUACCGCGCUGUUCGACAUGUCGGGAUUCUUCUCCGAGCAGGCCCGGCGAGCACUCGAGGGCGACAACGAGAUGGCAUCGCAUCUGUUUGCUGCCGACUCGUGCCACCAGCAGCAGCAACAGCAGCCCCAGCCCUUGGUCAUGUCGACGUCGCCGUCGCCGACAACAACAGCAUAUCCGUACCCCCAGCCGGCCUUUUACGAGUCUCAAUACUAUCAAGUGCCGUUCAUGGCUGGAUCGUUUGACUCUUCUGCUUCUGUGUCUCCGGUCUCGCCGGUCUCGCCUGUCUGGAACAGCCAUCCACAACAGCAGCAACAACAACAAUUCGAAUUCGCCAUGCAGAGAUAUGCAGAAGACGCAGCGGCCAGACAGCAACAAAUCAACCCUGUCCCAUCAUAUCACGCUGUACCACGCCUCUCCCACCCCCGUCGCCAUCAUAUUCACAACCAUUACCACCAAAAACAACAACACCAACAACGACAUUUACCUUCCUCUUCUUCUUCAUCCUCCCCCAGUAUAACAUCCGACUCCCUCGACAACCUCUCCGACUGCGGCGUCCGCAGCGCCAACGGCACCUGGCGCUGCGCCCACCCUGGCUGCAGCAGCAAGACCGUCUUUACACGGGCCUGCGAUCUUCGCAAACACUACAACCGGCAUCGCAAAUACCUGUUUUGCCGCUUCGACGGCUGUCCGCAAUCGCGCGAGGGCGGGUUUUCUAGCAAAAAGGAUCGUGCGAGGCAUGAGGCCAAGCAUAAUCCGCAGAUUACCUGUGAGUGGCAGGGCUGUGGGAGGGUGUUUAGCCGAGCGGAUAAUAUGAAAGAUCAUGUGCGUCGGAUUCACUGUCGGGGGCGGUAG